UACAGUGAAUUUACUGAGACUAAAUUAAUCGACGCGCGGAUUGGAGCAGUGCUGUGUCUAUGCGCCCCAGUUCCACCGCCCCGGAAAGGACUUCUUACCAUUGAGAGCUGGAUAUGUUGAGAUUAACGUGAAAAGGAUGGAUCUAAUUAUCUGUGUUUUGAUGCUGCUGGCGCUGUUUGUGGAGGGCAUCCGCUGCCAAGGAGUGUACGCACCCCCGACUGUCCGCAUCGUACACUCAGGACAUGCCUGUAACGUGGAGGAGGAGAGGCACACGGAGAGGGUCUACACCAUCCGAGAGGGAGAGACCCUGGAGCUCACCUGCCUAGUCACGGGACAUCCCCGGCCACAGAUCCGGUGGACCAAGACAGCAGGCAGCGUGUCUGACCGCUUCCAGGACUCCAGUGUGUUCAACGAGACGUUGCACAUUGCAAAGAUCCAGAGGACCCAGGGAGGUCGCUACUACUGCAAGGCUGAGAACGGCCUUGGCUCUCCUGCCAUCAAGUCCAUCAGGGUGGAUGUCUACUACCUUGAUGACCCAGUGGUGACGGUGCACCAGAGUAUAGGAGAAGCGAAGGAACAGUUCUACUACGAGAGGACCGUGUUCCUGCGCUGCGUGGCCAACUCCAACCCGCCUGUCCGUUACAGCUGGCAUCGCGGGAGAGAGGUCCUGUCACAGGGCUCUGACAAGGGCGUGGAGAUCUAUGAGCCAUUUUUUACACAGCUGCAGGGGGAGACGAAGAUACUGAAGCUGAAGAACCUGCGUCCUCAGGACUAUGCCAACUACAGCUGCAUUGCCUCUGUCAGGAACGUCUGCGGUAUCCCUGACCGCAGGGUUGUCUUCAGACUCACCAACAAGACAGCCUCCCCAUCCAUAAAGCUGCUGGUGGAGGACCCCAUUGUGGUGAAUCCUGGCCAGACUGUCUCCCUGGUGUGCAUCACCACUGGUGGGGAGCCCACCCCUAUGCUCAACUGGGUCAGCAGCAAUGACAGCCUACCACAGAGGAGCGUGGUGAAGGGGGGCACGCUCACACUGCCGGCCAUCACCUCCGAUGAGGCGGGGGUCUAUAGCUGCGUGGCCAGCAACAACGUGGGCAACCCAGCCAAGAAAUCUACUACAAUCGUGGUCCGAGCUUUAAAAAAGGGCCGUUUCUGGAUCACGCCUGACCCCUACCACAAUGACGACAACAUCCAGAUUGGCCGCGAAGUCAAAAUAUCGUGUCAGGUGGAGGCGACCCCACCUGAGGAGCUGACGUUCAGCUGGCUGAAGAACGGCCGUGCCUUGCGGAGCUCCGAGCGCAUGGUGAUCACCCAGACGGACCCCGACAUCUCCCCCGGGACGACCAACCUGGACAUCAUCGACCUCAAGUUCACCGACUUCGGCACCUACACCUGUGUGGCCGCGCUGAAGGGAGGAGGCAUCCCUGAGAUCAGCAUCGACGUCAACAUCUCCUCCACAACUGUCCCUCCUCUGUUUUUCUCUUUCUUAGUUCCCCCCAACCUGACAGUCCCCCGGGGCAAGUCCCCCCUGGUGGCACGCGAGGGUGAGACGGUGGAGCUGGAGUGCCUUGUUUCAGGGAAGCCCAAGCCCAUCAUCCUGUGGUCACGAGCGGAUAAGGAGGCGCCUAUGCCGGACGGCAGCAUGCAGAUGGAGAGCUACGACGGUGUACUGCGUAUUGUUAAUGUAUCCAGGGAGAUGACGGGCUCCUACCGCUGCCAGACCAGUCAGUAUAACGGCUUCAACGUAAAGCCCCGUGAAGCCUUGGUGGAGCUGAUCGUACAGUACCCACCGACGGUAGAGCCGGUGUACAUGGAGAUGCGUCAGGGCCUGGGCAGGCCCGUGGUGAUGACCUGCAGGGUGCUACGGGCCCACCCUUCCCGCGUGUUGCGCUUCGAGUGGCUGCUAUCAAACCGGCUGCUCCACGCCGGGGCUUUCGCUGACCAGAGAGACGAAACGGAGUACACCAUCCGCAGCCUGAACCGAGACGGCUGGGGGGAAUACACCUGUAAUGUCAUCAAUGAGGCCGGAGCAGGCAAAUGCACUUUCCAGGUCACAGGCAAGGCCUACCCUCCAGAGUUCUACUAUGAUACCUACAGCCCCCUGUGGCAGAACAGGCCCCGAGUCUACGGCUUCAAGCUCCAGUGGACGCAGAUGAACCCCAAUGCGGUGGACAACAUUGUCGCCUACAGACUAGGCAUCAGACAGACGGGGCUUCAGCGCUGGUGGGAGCAGGAAAUCCCCGUGGAGGGAGUCAUCAAUAAAGGGGAGCUCAUCACCCACAACCUGACUGAGCUGAUCAAGCCUGAAUCUUAUGAGGUGCGCCUGACACCCAUCACUCGUUUUGGAGAGGGCGACUCCACCAUUCGCAUUGUCUCCUACAGCGCUCCCAUCAACCCUCAUCUGAGAGAAUUCCACUGCAGCUUCGAGGAGGAUGCCAUCUGCAUGUUCACCCAGGACAAGAACGAUGAUUUUGAUUGGACACGGCACAGCGCCGCUACCCGCGACACCAAGUAUACGCCCAACACUGGACCCAGUGGUGACCGCAGCGGCUCCAAACAGGGCUUCUACAUGUACAUUGAGACGUCCAGACCACGGAAGGAAGGGGACCAGGCACGGCUGGUGAGCCCGUUUUUCAACGUGGCACCCAAGAACCCCUAUGGCAUCACCAACCCACCUGCCUACUGCCUAGGCUUCUUCUACCACAUGUACGGAAAGCACAUAGGGACUCUGAACGCCCUCCUGAAGCAGAAGGGCCAGACGACCUCUGAGGGUCCCGUGUGGUCGCUGAGUGGUAACCAAGGUGACCGCUGGAAGCAGGCUAAAGUCAGCAUCCAUCCGACAGCAUCCUUCCAGGUGGUACUCGAAGGUAUCCGAGGCCCAGGCAUCGAGGGCGACAUUGCUAUUGACGACGUCACGCUGGAGGAAGGGGAGUGUCGAGAUCCACCGCCGAAUCUCAGAUCCAUGGCUCCGCCCACAUCCUCCCAUAUAUGGCUGCUCUGUGUCACCUUGGUGAUGACCCUCCUGGAAGGUCAGAGGUGACCCUUCUGUCUGUCGUCUUGGAGGCGAACAUUCAGACCCAACGUCUGUGAGCUAGUACCCUCGGCAUCCAAUCACCAAAGAUUCAUGCAUUCUGAAAGCGGAAGGGGUCCGUCAGCGGGCCGCAGAGGGACACAAAGUCAAUAAAAAGAGAGAAAAAAUAGUGAU